ACUUAUAGAUCUCUUCUUUCUAAAAAGAAAAAAAAAAGAAAAAUCUUGCUUUCCGAAGUUUUUAACUCUACCAAAGAUUUCCCCAACCCUAAACCUUGGUCACUUUUUUCAGUGAUCUUAUUCUCAGAGAGUGGGGGAGAGGGAAACCUUUCUUUUGCGCCACGCGCCUCCACUGCGUCUGUGACCUUUCUAAAUGCCCUAUGCACAGAUGUGAGACAAAAUGCAACCCACAGUGGCUCUCUGGUGUUGACAGAUGUGGGCCCGCCCAGGGCUUAUUUCCUAUUUUCCCACGCGCACUCACUGCGAGCGUGCGGCUUUGCGUUUCUACCCACCCAAGAAAGAUUUCUUAUUAGCAUUUCUCAAACACACCCUUCCUUCUCGCCCCCCCACACCCUUUUUUUAUGGUCUCCAUUUUAUUCCCUUCAAAAGCCCUCCUCUCCUAAUCUAAUUUCUCUCUUUUUCCUCUUCCGUCUGUGGAUUUUUCGUCUUCACUUCUUUACUGGGUUGUCUUCUUUCCUUUAUUCUUGGUGGGAUUUUGCGUUUGUAAUGACAGCACCAAACAUGGAAACGAUCACAGCAUCUUUGGAAAGGUCUUUACAGAACUGUUCUUUGAACCAUGAAAGAAGAAGCAGCAGAAGCGGAGGUGGCGGUGAACGAGGAAUAGUAAGGCGGUCUUCGACAUCGGAUGAUAACAACCUUCCAACCACCGUUUCUGACGCUAGCUUGGAGCUCAACUCCCAUCUCUCGCUUCCUUACCAUUGGGAACAAUGCCUUGAUCUAAAGACAGGGGAGAUUUACUACAUAAACUGGAGGAACGGAAUGAAAGCAAAGGAAGAUCCAAGGACAGCAGCUGAGUACAGCGGAGAUUUCUACUCAGAAGAAGAGGAAGAAGAAGACGAUGAUGAUAGCUCCUAUGACAGUGAGGAGUCAUCAUCGGAGUCAUCUCCUUCUUCAAGAGAGAGAGCGCAUUACAACAACAACAACAACCAUCAUCGGGUAGAGAAAGACAAAGACAAUGUCUUGGUUGUGGCUGGUUGCAAGAGCUGUCUUAUGUAUUUCAUGGUCCCCAAGCAAGUUGAAGAUUGCCCCAAAUGUAAUGGUCAACUUCUUCACUUUGAUCGAUCAGGAAGUAGCUCUCCAUGAACCAGAUUUGUCUUUUUCUUUCCUCUCUCUUUCUUCUUUUCUCUCUUUUUCCAAUCUUCUUAACUAGCUCUUCUUUUUCAAUUGCUUCUCUUUUUUCUUUUAAUGAUCCAGUCUUUUUUGGGUUUGAAAGAUUUUGAGUGUGGAAUGGUGACAUAUUAGACAAAUGAAUGAUUAGUCCAAGCUGUGAUUCUUCCACAUCUUUUCUCUUUUUUUUCCAUUUUCUUUUCUCCCUUUGUGUUUUGCGUUUGUUUUGUGCGCCAUUGAAGUCCCCAGCCAGAGAUGAGUCCUAUGCUGCCCGUGGCUGUGGCUAGGUCAAUGGUAAACGAACGAAUAAUAUUGGUGAAGACUACGACGUGUAGCUUUUAUUCUCCUUGGUUUCACUUUCUAUGUUUCUUUUCUAGACAUUCUUUAAUUGAAAUAUCCUAAGCCAAACUAA